AUGACUGGUCUUUGCGUCCUCUUGGGACUCUCUGUCCUCGCACUGGCAUCGGCUCAAAUUGAGCCCUGCGGUGUCAAUUCAACAUACGACUAUGUCGUAGUAGGAGGAGGUAAUGCUGGCAGUGUUGUCGGAACUCGCUUGGCAGAGGCUGGCUUUAGCGUGGCCAUACUUGAAGCUGGGGGAAAUUACCAGGCCGACUUGCCUGACCUCCAGGUGCCGAUCAACCAGGGUCUUACCGGUGGGACAGGUAUGGAUGGCAUCAACCAAGACGUGGAUUGGAAUUUCCAGACACAACCACAAGCCGGAGCAAAUAAUCGAGAGCUUCACUACGCCCGAGGAAAAUGUCUAGGGGGAUCGGGCACCAAAGGUUCUUACAAAACAUGGGCCAAUCUGGUCAACGACUUUACAUUCGAGUGGGAUAAUAUAUUGCAAUAUUUCGAGCGCAGUGUACACUUCUCUCCACCAGACACGUCGAAAAGACUGGAAAAUGCCACCACUUCUUUCAAUGAGCACGUCUUUUCACAAAGCUCCAAUGGAUCAUUCAUCGAGGUUUCAUACCUGAACACUGUUGCCCCUUUUUCUACCUGGUUAUUCAAAGCUCUGGAAGCAGUUGGAAUCAAAAAGGUCCAGGAUUUUAAUAGCGGAGAGCUUCUGGGAGCUCAGUAUUCCAGCUCGACCGUGUCGCCAAUCAGUGAGCAGCGGAGCAGCUCUGACUACAUCAUAGCUGGUGCGAAGAGUUCUACAUUGCACGUCUGCGCGCAUACGCUGGCUGAGAAAAUCGUCUUUGAUGACGAGAAGACCGCCAUUGGUGUGCAAGCUACGUACAAAAACAAAUCUUUCACUCUCCGGGCCACAAAAGAGGUCGUCCUAUCUGCUGGUGCAUUCCAGUCGCCCCAGAUAUUGAUGCUAUCUGGAGUUGGCCCUGCACAGACCCUCAAAUCUUUGAACAUCCCGAUCGUUGCUGAGUCUCCUGGAGUUGGCCAGAACAUGUGGGACCAUAUCUUCUUUGGUAUCACAUUUCCAAUCACGUUUGACACCUUGACGCGAUAUUUCAAUGAUCCCGAGUACCAAACAAAGCAGGUCCUGCAAUACCUGGCUAGCAAGUCUGGGGCGCUUUCCGGAGGCCUGGAUUUUAUCGGAUGGGAAAAGAUACCCGUAGAGUAUCGAUCGCAAUUCUCUCAAUCUACCCAAGAUGACCUUUCCGAAUUCCCAGUGGAUUGGCCUGAAAUUGAGUUUAUAUCGGGCAACUUUUUCAAUAGCAAUUAUAGCAACGUUGCUAAGCAACAACCCAAGGACGGCCAUCAAUACGCUUCAAUUUUAGCUGCACUAGUGGCUCCAACAUCCCGUGGGAAUGUCACCAUCAUCUCCGCCUCUGCCAGUGACAAACCAAUCAUCAACCCCAAUUGGCUCACCACUGAGACCGACCAGCAAGUGGCACUGGCUGCGUUCAAACAACUUCGGAAUAUUUGGAAGCAGGAUUCCCUUCAAAGUAUUGUCGCUGGACCAGAGGCUUACCCUGGGGAGAACGUGCAGUCGGAUGAACAAAUACUCAAUGCAAUUCGCGACUCUAUAUCCCCUGUGUGGCACGCCUCUGGGACCUGUCGGAUGGGAUUGGAGAAUGAUACGCAUGCUGUGAUUGAUAGCAAUAGUCGCGUCCGUGGGGUGCACAGGCUCAGAGUUGUUGAUGCGAGCGCUUUCCCAGUGCUGCCCCCGGGCCAUCCCCAAAGUACAGUUUGUGAGUUUGCAAUUUGA